CCAGGACACGUCGGCAUGGCUUCCACCACUCCGUCCAUGACGGUGGUCAGUUAUAACACCACUACCUGGCAAAGUAACAGCACUCAGAGUACGUAUACAAGGAACCCAAACGAAAUCCUAGAGUUGAAUUUGCGUUUCAUCCCACUCACCGUCGUUUCUAUUCCUGCUAACCUCGGCAUCAUUAUCCUUAUCUUGUAUCACAAGACUUUGAGAACCCAAACCUUUUUCCUGGGAGUUCUUAGCCUAAGUGUAUUUGACUUGUGUUUCAGCGUGUUUGCCCUACCAAUGUUACUGGACUCCCUUAUAACGUGGGGAGAAUGGCGUCAUGGUUACCUUGCAUGUCUGAUCUACAUCGUGAUAUUAAACAGCAAGAUCUUUAUGACUGCUUUCAUGGUAGGUGCACUGUGCAUUGAACGUGUGAUUGUAAAACUACGAUUGGUCGCGCUGAUUGGUGAGAAAACAGCAACAACUCUAUCAAGGGUGACGAUAGUGAUUCCCUGGUGUCUUUGGCUUCUGGGUGCGGUGCUCAUCGUUCUGGCCAAACAGGGUGAUAUGACAAAAAACAGGUAUAUUCACGAGACAUAUUGUGUGUUCUUGGUGGACCAUACCUUUCAUAUUCCAUUCAUACUCAUAGCGUACCAUAUUCCACUCUACCUGCUGGUACUAAUAACUAUAACAACGAUGGUUAUUUACAAGUUCUGGAAGUCAGACUGGAAUCGUUUAUCAGCGGAGAUCGUGGAACCGGAAGUUGCAAGUUUGUUCAUGUCCACACUGUGUGUAUGGAUCACGAGUUUUGUUUUUGCGAUCUUUAACACACCUUGGCUAAUCUGGAUAACGAGGAUAGUGAUCUGUAUACGCCGUAUGACCGAAUGUCCGUCCAUUGAUAGCUACUUUAAUAACUAUUUCGUUUCUCUUAUACCGACGGCUGUUCUGCCUUUCAUUUGGCUCAUCACCGUUGACAUCCGAGUCGUGCUGUCAUCAGUUAAAAAUCGUGUGAUGACAAAGAUAACAUCCUCAGGUGGUCAGAAAAAUGCGUUGUCUUUCUCCUCUCUCAGUCAUAAAAUGUCUUCCUCGGAAGAUUCAGCCGUCCAACACUAAAUGUAUUUUGAAAUGAAGAAGUGAUCGCCAAUUAUACUUGCUUCAAUUGAUGGCCUAUGAAUGACGCGGAUGACACAUCCAAAUUAUUCUUCAAGUUGUACAUAUGGAAAGCUGGGAGACUUAGAACGGAAAACAUUCUUUUAUCAUGUCAUCAGUGUAAUAACACCAAUUACAUAACUAAUAUCGUUACACGUGUUGCAUGAUCUUGCAGCACUUCUACUGUGACUUUUAACUUUAUGACGUCAUGUUAUUGUGCUGUCAACAAGGGCAGAGUUAUAGAGGGAGGUUAUCGUCAAUUUAGAGUUUGUAUCAGUCUCGUAGAAUGGGUUUUAUCAUCAAUGUUUUCAAAAGUAUUUAAGCUAUGUGGUAAAAAGAUUCUUACAUUGGUUUCGGUUUUACUGGAUAAAUAAAUAUAGUAAUUUUUUUCUCCUUUUACCUCGCGUCAGAGAUUCAGUGAAAUCAAAAGCAAUAUAAGAUUUGUUUUAAAAAAUUCACGAGAAUUGAAUGGGACCUUAUAUACGAUCCGGUAUUUAUCUUGAAUUACGUUUCACAUUUUAAAUUAUAAUGUAAAACGUGUAAUGUAAUUCAAUACUGUAUCAAUAGGUCUUUUGAGACAAAAUCUGUUAGAACUGUAUCAGGAAUCGGUUAUAUCUGCUGUAGGACUUCAUUGUAUGCCGUGUCUGUUAUUUGUUUGUUUUUAUGUAUAGCGCCACAUGGUGGCUAGAUAGAUAGGUUUCCGUGAGCAUUUUGCUGACCUUGGAUCAGGAACUGGUCAGGGCUGGUGACCCAAUGUGGUGCAACACCUUCUGGUAAGUCUUUAAACUUGUAUUUUGGCUUGGGUCAAAAAAAAAAUCUUCAGCGUUAAGCGUCAUCUGUUUUAUUCCCGACACAAUUUUUUUUUCUAAAUUUUCGCCGUCUUAUCUCUUAUAUUCUUAUAAUAUCCGUCGUCUAUCUGUAACAAUGUCACGUGUGCGGUGCCUAUAAUACCCGCGUCGUUGUUGUCUACAUGCCUUCGUGUCGUCUAUAUACUUGGAGAAGUGUGACAACGAGUGUGGUGUAUUAAUAUUUCUACAAGCCUUGUAUCGUCCUGUACAUGAUAUUGAUUAAUAAACAUAUGAACCUUUUCUUGUAUUUGGUUGUCCUGUCAUAAACUUUUAAAGCGACUAUAAUGUUUAAAAAAUAAACACUACAAGAAAACGAUAUAAAACGUUCUAUUUUCCAAUAGUAUGUUACAA